AACCCAACAAAUCCAGGCAACAGAGGCAGCACAUCCCUGUCCCCUUCACUACGCAGUUUUUUCCCAAAGUCCUAAUGUCAUGGAAUAACUUCCAACGUGACACAUGUUCCUUGCUUAAUCACCGUCCCCUGUGCCCGAGGAUCAGGGAACGCUGCAAUUUGCUGCUCCCUCCAGAAAUCCCGGCUUCUUAAAAAGACAACUGCGGGGUCACUCAUUCUGUUAGAGCUGGCUUUCUCAGCGUCGGACUCACACACCCUGCCAUUCGCUCGCUAGCCCUAGUAGUCUCCAAAGAGACUUUCUACCUAUCCUCUGAGUGCUAACAGCACAACAACAGAUCGUUCCUUCUGUCCAGGAGAUGAGGAACAUGGUGAGACCCCAGCACAGCUCCCAGAGAGCAAACCUCCUCCACUUUGCUGAGCAGUCGACAAACUCAAUCGGCGCUGGAUGGAUUGGCAUGGGGAAAGGAGGAUUUUACCCUUUGGCUAAAAAGCUCUGGUCAUCUGCCUUGCUGAUCUUUUUCUCCAUGUGUCUGAGUUCAGUGCAUUGCCAACAGUGCAGGAUCGAGAGAUGUAACGCGGAAUUCGUGGCUGCCACAACUCCUAGGAACGGGUUGCAGGAGGACCUGGACGGAAUCGGUGGUGGAGGAGGAGGAGGUGGUGGAGGGGCUGAUUUCUGCAUCGCCCUGCGAUCUUACUACCAAUGUACCAAGAAGACAGCCAAGUCCUGCCGUGGAGACCUGGUGUAUCACUCUGCCGUGUUGGGCAUCAAUGAUCUCAUGGCCCAACAGAACUGCUCCAAAACAGGACCCACUGCCCCAGCCAAGCCCCCAGCUGGUACUGAGAAGAGCAGGGUGUCUGACUUCUGUAACUACGAGAGUAGGAUGAAGUUUGUGAGAGGUGGGAGUGGGCAACAACAACAACAACAACAACAGCAGCAGCAACAAGUCCCCAAGUUUGCCCACUGCGGGCUGUUUGGAGACCCCCAUCUCAGGACGUUUCGCAACGAGUUUCAGACGUGCAAAGUGGAAGGAGCCUGGCCCCUGAUCGACAGCAAUGUCCUCUCUGUCCAAGUCACCAACGUGCCUGUUGUGCAAGGGUCAAGCGCCACCGCCACCAGCAAGGUGACGAUCAUAUUCAAGAGUUUCCGCGGCUGCACGGAGCAGAAGGUGUACCAGGCGGUGACGGGCGACCUGCCCUCUGCCUUUGUGGACGGCACGAAGCACAGCGGCAAGCGGGACGGGGAGAGCAGCCUGCGGAUCCUGGAGAAGGCGGGGGGCUCCCAGGUGGAGAUUCAGGCCCGUUACAUCGGGACCACCGUCAUCGUGCGGCAGGUGGGCAAGUACCUGACCUUCGCCAUCCGCGUGCCCGAAGAGACCCUCAGCUCGGCCGACGAGAACUGGGCGCUGCAGCUGUGCGUGCACGGCUGCCCGCGGAGCGAGCUGAUCCGCGAGCACACCCUGCCCGGCCACCUCUCGACCCCCAGGCACCAGGGGGCGCUGCGGGCCUACACCGUGGAGACAGCCACGGCCAAGUGCAGAGAGACCCUGCAGGUCGAGGACGUCUACUUCCACUCCUGCGUCUUCGACCUGCUCACCACCGGGGACCCAGCCUUCUCCAUGGCCGCCCACGGGGCUUUAGAGGACCUCAAAGCGUUGCACCUGAACCUCCUGAAGCUGCAGAGCGCCCCCCAGACGGGCGAGGGCAAUGGAGGGCCCCCGUCCCAGCCCCGCAUCCAUCCCCUUUACGUGGCUCUCAUGAUCCUUUGCGCCACGCUCCUCAUGCAGUGAAUGUGUAUGUGUAUACCCGCAGAACCCAAAUUGUCUAUAUAAUAAUAUAUUGAGACGUGUACAUAUGUGUAAAGGUGCCUGUACAUAUAGUGUGUUGAGUGUUGCCAUUAGCAACGGUUGCGUGCGUGCGUGCGAGAGUGCAUGUGAGAGCGUGUUCCUGUGUACUCCUGUAAAGCAAAACACCCUUAAUUUUCGGGAUGUGGUAAUGAGGGGGGAGUCUGGUCUGUGACUUUCCCUUUUAUUAAAAAAAAAUGCCUCCUGCCAUAAA